AUGCCAUCCGACGGCACAAUUCCCGCUCAUCUAUUGGGCAAUAUGUGGGCCCAAUCGUGGGGACUCAUAGGAAUGCCCGACUUAUUCUGGAACCAAACCGUAUUUGUAAAGCCCGACAACAAGAAAAUGGUUUGUCACGCGUCGGCCUGGGAUUUCUUUGACCAGCAAGACUUCAGGGUUAAGAUGUGCACAGAUGUGACUAUGGAAGAGCUCAUUACAAUUCACCACGAAAUGGGACACAUUGAAUAUUACCUCCAAUAUCGUGACCAACCCGUUGUCUUUAGGGAAGGAGCGAAUCCAGGCUUUCACGAAGCGGUGGGAGACUUAUUAGCGCUGUCAGUGUCCACUCCGAGACAUCUCAACAAAGUUGGUCUCUACAGUCCACUCGUCGACGAUCACGAAACUACUCUCAACUAUCAGAUGUCAAAGGCUUUAGAGAAGAUAGCAUUCUUGCCAUUUGGUUAUCUCAUGGAUUUGUGGCGAUGGGAUGUCUUCUCAGGCAAAACAAGUUCCGAUGAGUUAAACAAAAAGUGGUGGGAAUUGAGAAUCAAAUAUCAAGGAUUG